AUGGGCAUGCAAAAGCUGCUCCUGAGCGAAUUCAACCAAAUGCUGGAUGCGGAAGUGGAACUUCUUCCUGAAAAUUUGAACCAAAUGUUUGCCAGUCUCCAUAAGGAGUUGCCCACACUAGAACGGGACGAAUUCCGCUCUCAACUGGCCAUGAAGUGUGGAGACGAAAAUUUCGUCAAGGACUAUCUACGCGCUGCCAUUGAGGACAUCGGAGAGGCGUCUUCAAUUGGGCAACCGAGCUGUUCCGAGAUGGUGAACACCAUCGUGGAAAUCGUUCUCGAUGAUGAAAGAGAGUGCGCUGGCCACGCUCACAUGCCGGCUGUUAAUAUAUCCGGAUCUUACGCCGUCCACGCCAACCAAAUCUGGCGUAAUAUCUGGGAGGUCAAGGAACAAUGGCUGGAACCUAGGCCGGCCGCCGCUUGA